CAAACUUGAGCGGUAUCGAUAGUGACCGGUUGAACAAAAUGUCGAUUGUUUAUAGGUCAUUGAUAAAUAACGUUGGUAAAUUCGUUCCACGGAGAUUACAACCGUUUUGGGAACAUGAAGCAGGUAGAAAGAAUAAUUUUCAAUAUGAUGUUAUUAAUAACAUGUAAUUUCAGGUCCAAAAACAAUUUUUUUUUGGGCACCAGCUUUCAAAUGGGUAUACAUUGGUUAAAUAAGCAUUAUUUACUGUAAUAAAACUUUGAUUGUAUUAACAGGGAUUAGUUAUAGCUGGUCUAGCUGACUAUGCACGACCGGCUGAAAAUUUGAGCCUCGCCCAAUCCGUUUCCCUGACUGCAACAGGUAUUUUCAUUUUUUCGCGAUGGUUAUAUAAGAGGUUAUGAAGUGUCAAAGCAAACCUCUUUUUGUCAUCAACCGAUUAAUUAUAAGAUAGACAGUGUGUUACCUAUCUGAUUUUUCAGGAUGCAUCUGGGCAAGAUAUUCCUUAGUUAUAAUUCCCAAAAAUUGGAGUUUAUUUUGGGUCAACACUUUCCUGGCAAUAACAGGAUUCUCUCAAAUUGGCCGUAUAUGGAAUUAUGAACAAAAAAAGAAAAAGGAGCAAGAGUAAAAUAGACUUUUUCGAAUUAUUCUAUUCUCUCUGUUUUGCAUAACGUUAAUAAAUAAUAAAUUACUGAUAAGAACUGAUAAUGUUAGUUGUGUUGACCUAGCAGACCCACAUUGUUUUAUACUAUAUAUAAGGCGUAGUUUUAAAAUCACAAGCUAGACACUGAUUACUAAAGAUGAAGAAAUCGGUGGAAAUUUCACACGCCAGUGCUAAGGCCGACUCGGAACCAAAAAAUAAUGAUGAAAAACAAGAGACUGAAGCUAAUGCUGUAGGUUUAGGAGAAUUGUUCAGAUUUGCUGACAGCAAAGACAAAGUCUGUAUGAUCUUAGGAACUUUAGCCGGAUGUGCUCAUGGGUCUGCUUUGCCAUUAAUGAUUCUUGUUUUUGGAAAUAUGACAGAUCUCUUUAUUGGGUCUGCAAAUCAAGCUGCUAAUCAAACAAGUAAUAACACCAUCUCAACAAAUAUGCCACCAAUGAAUAACAACGGUACACUUGUUAAAGAAAUGGGAAAAUAUGCAAUAUAUUACACCAUAAUAGGAGCAUGUGUUUUACUAAUUGGAUAUCUACAAAUAUCACUGUGGAUGAUCUCUUCUAAUCGGCAAUCUCAACGUAUUCGUGUAGCACUAUUUAACUCUAUCAUGAAACAAGAGAUAGGUUGGUUCGAUACACACGAAUCUGGGGAGUUAAAUUCAAGAUUAGCUGAUGACGUGACAAAAAUUCAAGAAGGAAUUGGAGAUAAACUGGCGAUGUUCUUUCAAUGGUUUUGUGCAUUUUUAACAGGAGUUAUUAUGGGCUUUGCGCAUGGAUGGAAAUUAACCCUCGUUAUAUUGGCUGUUAGCCCAGCCUUAGCGGGCGCAGCAUUUGUCAUGAGCAAAGUUGGUGCUUGGAUGACAAACAAAGAGCUUAAUGCCUAUGCAAAAGCAGGAUCUAUAGCUGAAGAAGUUUUGGGAGCCAUUCGUACUGUAACAUCAUUUAGUGGCCAAAAAAAAGAGUGUAUCAGAUAUAAUUCAGAAUUAGAAAAUGCUAAGGGAUUUGGAAUAAGGAAAGGAUUCGUUAAUGGAGGAUCUAUUGGACUUGUCUUUCUCAUUAUGUUUAGCUCGUAUGGUUUAGCAUUUUGGUAUGGAAGUAGGCUGGUACGACAGGAUGAAUACUCGGCUGGAAAGUUGCUGAUUGUCUUUUUCAGUGUUCUUAUUGGUGCUUUUUCGCUUGGAAAUGCUGCUCCAAACCUUCAGCAUCUAGCAACAGCGCGCGGGGCUGCUCAUGCUAUAUUCAGAAUCAUAGAUAAUAAACCUUCCAUAGAUAGUAGUUCCAAAUCAGGCAAAAAGAUUUCUGGUGGACUGAGAGGAGAUGUUAAAUUUUUAAAUAUAAAAUUUAGCUAUCCCUCAAGACCAGAUGUUGUAGUUUUAGAUGGACUACAUUUGGUAGCAGAAGUUGGAAAAACAACGGCACUUGUCGGUUCAAGUGGAUGUGGUAAAUCAACAACCAUACAGUUACUUCAGCGUUUCUAUGAUCCUUGUGCAGGCAACAUUUACAUUGACGACAUAAAUAUCAAAGAGUACAAUUUAAAAUGGCUUCGACAGCAGAUAGGAGUAGUAUCGCAAGAGCCCAUUUUAUUUGCAACUACUAUUAUGGAAAACAUACGAUUUGGGAGGGAAGAUGCUUCAGAAGAAGAUAUUUAUAAAGCCGCAAAGGAGGCAAAUGCGUACGAUUUUAUUAUGCAGUUACCAAAGAAAUUUCAAACUUUAGCUGGAGAGAGAGGAGCGCAAUUGUCGGGUGGCCAAAAGCAAAGAAUAGCCAUUGCAAGAGCUUUAGUUCGAAAUCCGAGAAUACUUCUUUUAGAUGAAGCAACUUCUGCAUUGGAUACAGAAAGCGAAGCAACAGUUCAAGCUGCUUUAGAUAAAGCGAGAAGUGGUAGAACAACCUUCGUCAUUGCUCAUAGACUGUCAACUGUGAAAACAGCUGAUACUAUAGCAGGAUUUCGAAAUGGCCGAAUAGUAGAAUACGGAACUCAUGAAGAACUAAUGAAAAUAGAAAAAGGUGUUUAUUACCAAUUGGUAACAACUCAAACGAAUAAAAGAAAUGAAGAAUUAUAUGAUAUUGAAGAGUAUACUGAAGAUACGAAAGAAGAGAAUGCUAUUAACAGACAAUUUAGUCAAAAGGUGAAGAGAAUGAGAUCCAUCAGCUCGGGAGAUGAUAUACCUGAAGAGAAUGAUGACUUACCGGAGGCUUCCUUUAAACGAAUUAUGAAAUUAAAUAGAACCGAAUGGCCAUUCAUUGUUACUGGUUGUCUUGGGGCUUUAAUCUCUGGAGGAGUUCAGCCAGCUUUUGCGAUUAUUUUUAGUGAAAUUCUCGGAGUGUUUAGUAUAACUGACUUGAAAGAACAGGAGAAAGAAGCCAACAAAUUUUCUGGUUUAUUCGUUGCAAUUGGCGCUGUUGCAGGAUUGGCAAUGUUUCUUCAAAGUGCCUCGUUUUCAAAAUCAGGAGAGAUCCUAACGUUACGUUUGCGGAGAAUGGCGUUUAAAGCGCUUAUGAGCCAGGAAAUCGCUUAUUUUGACGAUAAAAAAAACAAUCUUGGAGCAUUAACAACGCGAUUGGCUACCGACGCAAGUGCGGUUCAAGGCGCCACAGGAGCUCGUUUGGGAACUAUUAUUCAGAGUUUUUGUAGUAUUGUAACAGGAUUAGUUAUCGGAUUUGUGUUCUCUUGGAAACUUAGUCUUUUAAUAUGUGGUUUCGCUCCUUUUAUGAUGAUUGGGGGUUUUAUUCAAAUGCGCGUUAUGACUGGUGGUGCUAAAGGAGACAAAGAAGCAUUGGAAGAAGCAGGGAAGAUAUCUGUUGAAGCUAUAGAGAACAUUCGCACAGUGGUGACUCUAACGAAAGAAGAUUUUUUCAUCAAAAAUUACAACGAACAAACACAGCUUCCUAUGAAGAGGAACCUAAAAUCUGCUCAUAUUCAAGGAAUUGCUUAUUCAUUCAGUCAGAGUAUUAUAUUUUUUGCAUAUGCAGCUUGUUUCAGUUUGGGAGCUUAUUUGAUUGAAAAAGAUAACCUGGAGUAUCAAAAUAUGUUCAAGGUUAUAUCAGCCAUCGUUUUUGGAGCCAUGGCUGUUGGACAAGCAAGUUCCUUUGCUCCAGACUAUGGUAAAGCUAAAGUUUCUGCUGCCAAAUUAUUCGAUCUCUUUGAUCGAAAGACAGAAAUCGAUAGUUUUUCUACCGAGGGUCUCAAGUUAGAUCGGUUGGUGGGGCAUAUACGUUUCAACAAAUGCAACUUUAGCUACCCUUCAAGAAUAUCUACACCUAUUCUGAGAAAUUUAGAUCUUGAAAUACUACCAGGGAAAACAACAGCCCUUGUAGGUUCAUCGGGUUGUGGAAAAAGUACCACUAUAUCCUUGCUUGAAAGAUUUUAUAAUCCUUUAGAAGGUUCUAUACAGUUUGACGGGCAAGAUAUUAAGUCUUUUCAAACCCAUUGGUUUCGAUCAAUUAUUGGUUUGGUUCAACAGGAACCCAUUUUGUUUGAUACUAGCAUUAAAGAAAAUAUUGCGUAUGGCGAUAACGAAAGAGAUGUAUCAAUGGACGAAAUUAUUAAUGCAGCAAAAAGUGCCAACAUUCACGAUUUUAUAUCAAGUCUGCCACUUGGUUAUGAUACCAACGUGGGUGACAAGGGAGCACAGUUGAGCGGGGGCCAAAAACAGAGAAUUGCUAUUGCAAGGGCUCUAAUCAGAAAUCCUAAAGUCUUGUUAUUAGAUGAAGCUACAUCAGCUCUGGAUACUGAAAGUGAGAAAGUCGUUCAAGAGGCCUUGGAUAAAGCUCGAUUGGGUAGAACCUGUGUUGUUAUUGCACAUAGGCUAUCAACCAUUCACAACGCUGAUAAGAUUAUAGUAUUGAAGAACGGACAAGUAGAGGAAGAAGGAACCCAUCAUGAAUUAAUGGCUAAUAAAAAUAUUUAUUAUAAGCUUAACGUCGCUCAAACAUCUCGAAAAUAG